GUGGUGUUUAAGGAUGAAGCGGUGGAUGAACAUGUGGUAACGUGUGCAGUGUGUCUGGAGGACUUCAGGAUGAGCGAUGAGCUGGGUCUGUUGGCCUGUAAACAUGCCUUUCACAAGCGGUGUCUGCUGGACUGGCUAGAGAUCCGCUGCUCCUGUCCAAUGUGCAACAUUCCUAUCAGCGGGGACACGGCAGAAAACCAGCCUGCAAACCUGCUGGAUGAGCUGAUGUAAACCUGAAGCAAACAUGCCUUAAAACUGAGGAAAACCUCCUGUAAACCUGCUAGACAAGCUUAUGUAAACCUGAAGCAAACCUGCUGGAAAAGCUGAGGUAAACCUGAGGAAAACCUGCUGUAAACCCGCUAGACAAGCUGAUGAAAACCUACUGGACGAGCUGAUGAAAACCUGAGGUAAACCUGCUAGACAAGCUUAUGUAAACCUUAAGCAAACCUGCUUGACAAGCUGAGGAAAACCUGCUGUAAAUAUGCUGGCAGAGCUGAUGGAAACCUGAUGUAAACCUGGGUUUACUCUGACUUCACUCUCAGUGGCAUGUAUAUACAGUAAUAUUAUAAACAAACUGAACUA